CUCACAGUCUAAAGGUUUCGAAAGUUGAAAAAACCCAAACGUUCUUCAAGUUAUGAAAGCUGUUCUCUUAAGAGCUGGUUCGGCUCCGGUCAUCUCACCGGCUCUUUGCGGUUCACCAAGAGUUUCUCUUUCUCGUCAAAGUUCGUUUGGUGGAGUUUUCUACGGUGAGAGAGCCGGCUCCUCCGUUUGCUCUCAGAUAGUCUCGUUGCAUUUCCCUAUGAAUAAACGGAAGCCGAAGGAAACUCCUGCGCAAAUGAGGCGAGCUUUUUCUGACACUGAUAUCAUCAGAUCGGAGUCUCGGAUUCCCGGUGAAUCUAGGUGUUUUCCGACGGGGAUACCGGAGGAGGACUACCUGUCGGAUGGUGAAGUAGACAGGGAGUUUCAAACAUUGGUGACAGGAAACGGAACUGAUCGGGCGAGUUUCGUGCCAAUUUGGCCGGAAUUCGGGAUCUCAAUGGACGAGAUAGGGUUUUCUGGUGAUGGAUUCGGAAAUGGCGGGAAAUCUGGAGGCGAUCGCGGAGACGAUUCGUACGGUGAUAAGAGCAAAAUCGGCGAUUAUUAUCAGGAAAUGUUGAAACGAUAUCCCAGUGAUUCGCUUCUAUUGAGAAACUACGGCCGAUUCUUACACGAGGUAGAAAAAGAUAUAGAGAAAGCUGAGGAGUAUUACGGAAGAGCGAUCUUAGCUAGUCCUGGUGAUGGAGAAGUUUUGUCUUUGUACGGAAAGUUAAUUUGGGAGAGACAUCGAGAUGAAAGCCGAGCUAAGUCUUACUUCGACCGCGCCAUUACUGCUGCUCCUGAUGACUGCAUGGUGUUGGGAUCUUACGCACAGUUUAUGUGGGAAGCUGAGGAAGACGAAGAAGAAGAGGAAAUGGGUGAUAAAGUUGGAGUUUCUCCGGCUAUGGUUGCAGCUUUUUAAUGCUUUCUCGUCUACUAUCAGUCAUGGGAGAUCUCAUAUGAAGGAAAAAGAGGAGGGAUUUUGAAUAGAAUUUACCUGACUAAAAAGAAAAAAGGGAAAUGAGAGUAUGGGACUUGAGGAAGAGAAAAACAAAAAGAAACUAUUGAUUAACAAGAGAACAGAUCAUGUUUUGUGUAAUAUUAAUAAUGCUAACUUUGAUAACCAGACAAUAAGUUUCAAGCUAUGGAAGCUGCUGCAAAGGCUAUAGAAGUAUGUAAUUAGUUGAUUUUGAACUUCUUUUUGUUGUACAUGUAAUAUGUUUCUACAUUAGAAUUAAGUUCGUAUGGUUUUAUUUACAGCAAUAUCUACUUUUCUCUAUUUGGUAUUAGCUGUUUUAUAUCAUGAACUUCAUUUUGUCAGAUUAUAAGUCUGGAUUUUGAACAAUAUUUUAGUUCUUUUAAGGAUCUUAAACUUCAA